UCUGUGCAGAAAAAGAAGAAAAAGGAUAAGCAUUCAAAAAAAGCUAAGAAAGAAAAGAAGAAAAAUAAGAAAGAAAAAUCUGAAAAGAAGGAUGACUUACUCGAUAGUUCUUCGGAUUCUUCAAUUGAAUGGGUUGAGUCAAAUGUGUCACAGCCAUGUAACACAGAAAAGGCUUGGAAGGUCAACAAGCAAUCAGAUGCUGUGAAUGAACCUUCCCUGCAGAGAGAAGAAUGGAUGAAUUUAGACUUCAUGUUGUUGAAAACCACAUCAUCAGCAGCUGUCAGAGGUGAACGACACAAAGAACAAAUCUUGGAACGGCAGAAAGCUCAAGAGCUUGAGCAGGCCAUGCUAUCUGAGAGAGAGCUCAAUCCCUAUUGGAAAGACGGUGGUACAGGUUUGCCACCGGAGAAGGAUGAAACAGCUUCAGUUAAGAAAGUUACAGUUGUAGAAGACGCUGGAUUAAGCUGGUUACGAAAAUCAUACCAAAGGAUGAAGGAGCAGGCUGAGAGAGAGAAACGAAAUUUUGAGGAAAUUGUUGCUGAGAGAUAUGGGUCAAUGGAGAUAUUUCAGUCACGAUUAGAUGAAGCUGAAAAAGUUGCAUCCAGAAAGGAAAAUUAUUAUGGAAGUGGAAGAUGGAAGAAACCUGACUAUUCAGAAAGUGAGAAAGAGAAGAAAGAACGGUAUAUGAAAAAGGAGACACGAGGUGAAGAUGCUAGGAACAGGAACACAUUUGGGGGCUAUACUAGGGAGAAGUAUGGCAAGGAAUGGGUGCAAGAAGACAGAGAUUACAAAAGAGAUACGCCAAGAGAAGACCAAGGACAUGGACGCAGUAGCACAGACUCGGUAUUGAGAGGCUCCAAAGCAGAACAAUAUUCCAAUGAAAAACGAAGUCAGGUAAAGAGUUCAUCUCUAAACAACAUGAAACACAGAUUUCUGAAACCCUCUGAAGAUGAUUUAUCUUCUUCACCUAGAAUCUAUGAGUCACAGCAGUCCUCUUCCAGACUGACUGUUCAUAGCUCUUUGAGUAGCCGUUUCCAAAAACCGUGUGAGGAUAUUGCACUGUGGACCAAAACACGCAGAGAAGACAACAAUGAGAAAUCAAUGUCUGAUCAAAAAUCAUCAGGUACUAAGGAGCAAGUCCAUGACAAUAGUGGGGAAAGAACUCCAAGUGAUGUAAAAGAGAGAUUGCAUCAGGAGUACCCAAGCGAUAUCUCCGGGAAGAAACAAACAUUAUCUGACAGUAAAGCAUCGGGUUCUAGAAACACAUCAAAUAAUGAGCCACCUCGGAUCCUUACUGAAGAGGAGAUGAACAAACUGGGAGCGAGGAUUGUGAAAGCAGAGCUCAUGGGAGACAUGGAGUUAGCUUCAGAACUUCAAGCAGAGCUUCGGAACGCUCGCAAAUUGAGAGAGACUCAAGGGCAGAUUCCAACAAAUUCUGGCAGAGAGCCUUCAAGCUGUCAAGAAGAACAAGUGGUCCUUGUCAGAACAGAUCAAAGUGGAAGGGCAUGGCCUGUGACCGCACCGGCUGAACCACAGGAGCCCAAAGGAGGCCGGAGAAAGCGACAGAUGAUCCCUACUCAUGUAGAUAAAGAAAGAGUAAGGUAUUUUCAGGAUGAUGAUAGUGUGAACCUGAAGGAUUUGGUCAAAAAUGAGAAGAUGAGGACAGCAGAGGAUCAAAACUCACUGUUCUUGCGCAUGGCAUCAAAG